AGAUCUCUUCAUUUAAUUCCAUGCACUUCUUAAUUAAUUUUAUAUAGAAGACGAGGUGCAUUCAAUUGUUAAGAUACUUCACCUCGACUAAUAAGUCAGAAGAUGGAAAAGGCCGAAGCUAAGUACAGGGGCGUGCGGAAGCGAAAAUGGGGGAAGUACGUGUCCGAGAUACGCCUCCCGAACAGCCGGGAGCGUAUAUGGCUCGGCUCGUAUGACACGGCAGAGAAGGCGGCACGGGCUUUUGAUGCGGCCCUCUUCUGCCUCCGAGGCCCCUCCGCCAGCUUCAACUUCCCGGACGACCCGCCGCCCGCCAUUGUGGGCGGGCAGGGGCUGGCUCGGUCCGAGAUCCAAGCGGUGGCGCAGAGCUAUGGGAAUAGCUAUGGCGAUGGGCUUGAGGGUCAGGCCUCGGGUGAUGUGGAUUUGGUUGAUGGAUCAUUUUGGAAAAUGGUGGACAUGAAUAUUGGUGGGCAAAAUGCGGGCUGCGUUUCGGAUUUUGGGCUGUUUGAGGAGCCCACUGAAAUGUAUAUGGACCCAAAUUAUGAAGCCCGGGUGUGUGAAGAUGAGGAGGAGGGGAGUUAUUAUCACGGGCUUUGGAGUUUCUAACAUUUCGUUUCAAAUUUUCUGUCAUAGGAUAUGUAUGUCUUUACGAAGUCUUCAAAAUCUUCAAUUGUAUAAUAACACUAUAUAGUAGUAUUAACUAUUGUUAUUAUUCUAUUUUGUAUGCAUUUUGAAAUUCGAAUCAUAUUUAACUUUAUUGGAAGA